AUGACCUCAACACAAAUGGUAUCAGUACAGAAGAAGAGACAGAUGUUCACCAAGGAACAGGAUCAACUCCUCAUUAACCUUGUUGCUGCAUCAUCAGAAAAGCCAAACUGGAGAAACAUUGCCGAAGCAAUGGGCAAAACAUCAAAACAAUGUCGCGAAAGAUAUCGAACCUACUUAGCUCCAAAUGUUUCCAAUACAGAAUGGACAGAAGAAGAAGAUGAGCGUCUUCGUUCUUUAGUCCAAGAAAUUGGAAAGCACUGGUGCAAACUCCGCGAAUACUUCCCAGGCAGAUCCGACGGAAACAUAAAGAACAGAUACAAUUUCCACAUUGAAUCAUAUCGCAAGCAGAAAAAGUUACAAAAAAUAGCUGCUUCAGAUGCUAACUCAUCUGUUGACUCUCAGUCAUGCGUUUUUGAUGAGAGCAUCUUCGAUAUGUUCAAUGUUUUUCAAUUUUCUUAUGAAAAUUCGGUUCCUUGUGCUUGCUAA